AUAACGUAACAUGCUCGGAGGCUCAGCCUGAGUCAUGCACACUGAAACAUGAGUGCUGUCACACCCUUUCCCUGCAGAGGACCCGGGCAAGCUUCCUGUCUGUGUAGAGCACAGAACACGCUUCCACAGAGAGAACCAGGCUUCCCACCGGUGCCGACACAUGGAACUUGGGUAAAAGCGUCCUACUUUGACACAUUUGAGACACGAGACUCAAAUCCUCAGGAUGAAAGCCGUCAUCGUGGCAGCGGUUGGCGCACUGCUUCUGUCGCCCACUUCCUGUCAGAGCGGCAUGGAAUAUGAUGCAGACAACUUGGAAGAGCCAACCUUACCUAUUAAGACCUUCCGUGGAGCUCCUCCAGAUUCUUUUGAAGAGUUCCCCUUUUCUGACAUUGAAGGCUGGACAGGAACCACCACACCCAUAAAAAUUAAGUGCCCUGAAGAAAGUGUUUCAAAUCUCCAUGUGAAUAACGCUACCAUGGGGUACUUGAGCAGCUCCUUAAGUACCAAGCUGAUACCUGCCAUCUACAUCCUGGUGUUUGCGGUAGGUGUGCCAGCCAAUGCAGUAACCCUGUGGAUGCUCUUCUUCCGGACCAGAUCCAUCCGUAUGACCAUCUUCUACACGAACCUGGCCAUCGCAGACUUUCUUUUCUGUAUUACACUGCCCUUUAGAAUAGCUUACCAUCUCAAUGGGAACAACUGGGUGUUUGGAGAAGUCAUGUGUCGGGCCACCACCGUUAUCUUCUACGGCAACAUGUACUGUUCCAUUCUGCUCCUCGCCUGCAUCAGUAUCAACCGCUACCUGGCCAUUGUCCAUCCUUUCACUUACCGGGGGCUGCCCAAGCGCACCUAUGCCUUGCUAACGUGUGGACUGGUGUGGGUAACGGUGUUCUUAUAUAUGCUGCCAUUGUUCAUCCUGAAGCAGGAGUACUAUCUUGUCCAGCAGGGCAUCACCACCUGCCACGAUGUCCACAACACCUGCGAGUCCUCCUCUCCCUUCCAACUCUACUACUUCAUCUCCUUGGCGUUCUUUGGAUUCUUAAUUCCAUUUCUGGUCAUUAUCUACUGCUACACAGCCAUCAUUCGGACGCUUAAUGCAUACGAUCGUAGAUGGCUGUGGUAUGUUAGGGUAAGUCUCCUCGUUCUUGUGAUUUUUACCAUUUGCUUUGCUCCAAGCAAUAUCACACUUAUUAUUCACCAUGCAAACUACUACUACAACAACACUGACGGCUUAUACUUCAUCUAUCUCAUCGCUUUGUGCCUCGGUAGCUUGAAUAGUUGCCUCGAUCCAUUCCUGUAUUUUCUCAUGUCAAAAAUCACAGAUCACUCCACUGCUUACCUUACAAUGGUGAAAGCAUCUUAGAGAACAAGGAAAGCUGUUUGCGGAAACAUACAUAGAGGUCAUAUAUGCCGAGUGCAAGGAACUCUAUUCUCUAGACCCCUUUUUGAGCCCCCAUGAAAUAAUGCUUCAAAAUGAAACCUUACAAAAGCACUAAGUUGGAAAAAAAAAAAAAAAAGCACUAGAAGUACUUUAAGAAUGUCAAUGCAGGAGAAAAGAUAACACUACUCUCUUUAGGGCAAGUGACCUAGUUGCCUGACUGGCACUUCGAGUUUUUUAAAUCUCCAUCUUUCCAACUUCUAAGACUUUCUGGUCUAGAUGAUCUGGAGGUGGAAGAUGGAACAAAGGGUGAGGGUGCAGCAUGGGGAGUGGUUAAGACUUCAGUUUUUAGAAGCUGGUGUCAUUUUUAAUUCUGCCUCCUUCAACUCUCAUGCUGAUGCUCCCUCAUCGGCUGACUAAUGUCUCUUACUAGGGUCUGUUAUCCUCGCCCCACCUUUGCUUUCUAAUCAUUCUCAUCACUGCCGGCCCAUCGUCCACUUGUCAGGCCACUGCCAGACUAAUCUUCCUCAAAUACAUCACUCAAGACCCCCGAGAUAAUACACCUCCAUUGACUCUCCAUCACCUUGGAAUACAUUAUAAAUCUUUAGCUUAGCACUCAGGGCUGACACGACAACUUUAUUUCCCAGUAAACCCUGCACAUGCUGUAGGCACCGGCUGAGUUCCUUGCUGUGCUGUAAUCUAGACUUCUCACUUGGCCCCUGCCUCUAACUGGAAAGUUAUUUCGAACAUAUUUGCUUUAAUCCUUUCCAUCUCUUGAAGUCCUCAAAGGACUGUUCUUCCUUAACUCAGGCCAGGAGUUCAUUUUUCUCAUCUGAAUUUUCAAGGUACUUUUUGGUAUUUGUAUUAUGGCAUUUUAAUGUAGUCCAUUUAUAUACACGUUAGCUCCAUAAAUGCUCAUUGAGCACCUUGUGUAGUGGAGAAAGGCUAUGUCGUCUCUCUUCUGCAAGCUUCUUGUAGCAAUGCCAGGCUCAAGUCUUCUGAGGGUCUGAGUGGCCCAGCUCCAUGCUUUGCACAUGUGGGUGAAUGAAUGAAAGAAUAAAGGCCCAAAGAAUCUAAACAGCAUGGAAGCCAAUUAGAUUCAUACUGAGAAAGCAAGAUAUUCCACAGGACGUGGCAUGGCAUUACUCUUGGUUGGCCAUGUUAAAAAAAAAAAAAGCUAAGAAUAUACUCAUGAGCUCAUUUAGAAGUUUAAAGUAAUGGCUCCAUUAUUUCUGUCCUUAUACAUAGUUUUUAGUGGGGAAAGGAUAUUUUGUUAUAAAUGCCCAGUAUAUUCCUGUAGGUAAAUGACUAUACUUCUCUUAGCUUAGAGAUUAGACAGGAGGUGGAAUAUUAGUGGCUAAGGGCAUGAGGACUGUGGGAUGAAUUUUCAAGUCUGUAGGAAUGUGCAUUGAUCGUAUACUCUGUAGUGCCCAUCAAAACAAUAAAAACAUUUUAAAAUGA